GGCCAUUUGUUUGUAUUUUGUAGUUGUGGUAUUUAGUAGAUUAAAAACUAAUGUUAUGGUUUUACGUUUUAUAGAUUUUAAUUUUGAAUUGUUAUAAUGGACCAAAUAAUAAAAAUAAAUAACCAAACAGCUGGAAGAGAUAAAUUAGCAAGACUUCUGCAAUAUCUUAGUAGAUUUUUAUGGCACAAUCUCCAAAAAAAUCAUAAAAAUGGUGUUGUUGGACUUAAAAAUCUAGAAUUUCAACUAAGUACUUUUAGAAAACUGCUCAGAUUUGGAAGAUUCACUGAAAGUAUUUAUGCAACUCUACCGUUAUUUGAAGAAGAGGAAGCAACCAUACGAUAUACUGUAAUCUUAAGUAAAAUAACAAAUUCCUUGUUUCUUCUGGCAGAUCACAUAUUAUGGCUGGGAAGGGCUGAUUUGUGUUCUAUAGACACCGAAAGAUGGGCCAAUUUAUCCAAUAGAUACUGGUUAUAUUCAAUAACUAUGAAUUUAGUCAGAGAUUUUUAUGAAAUAUCAAUAAUUUUAAAAUCGAAUAAGAGUACGAUUUUACCCAAAAAAUUUCAUUCAAAAGAUAUUGUUGAUAUUGUGUUUAAAAGUAUAGCAAUACUUAGUAUUAAUCAAAAUGUUUUAAUUGAUACAAUCAAAAAUUGUUGUGAUUUUUUCAUACCAUUAACUUCAUUAGGAUUUACAAAAUUGUCACCAGGGUUGAUAGGCCUCUUGGGGGCUAUUUCUUCCAUUGCUGGGUUAUUAAUAUUAAUAGAUCCAUCUAAAAAGUUGACACCUUCAUAGGUUUAAAGAUUUUUUUAUUGUAUUGUUAUCAUUAAGUUUGGAAAUGUUUAUUGGUAUUGUGAUAUUAAUUAUAUUUUAUAAAUCCUAUAUACAAACCAUUGUUAUUUUUGACUAU